AUGCCUCCGCAGCUGAACAGGUUCCAGAGUGGACCGAAUACGAUCUCUCCCUACCAGCACCAGUUUCCCGGUCACGCACCGGGUCAUUCUGGAAGCCACCCCCAGCUGGGGGGCAACCCGUCGUAUCUCAACCCGAACCCGCAGAUCAGCCCCUUCGCCGCAAAUGGCAACGUACUAAGCCUAGCAGGAGGUCUUAAUGGAGGUGGAGGAUUUGGUGUAGGAGCAGACAGUGGCCUCGCGAGCCAUGCUGCGCGCAUGGGCUUUGCACAUGGGGCGAGUCUCCAGCAACAGCAGCAUGCGCAACAGCAAGGUCAUGUGCUGGGCGAGCAUGGCGGACGUAAUCAGACAAAGGGAAGGAUACGAGAGGUGUGGAAGCAUAACCUGCACGAGGAGAUGGCCAUCCUGAGGGACCUGGUGGACAAAUAUCCAUACAUUGCGAUGGAUACCGAGUUCCCGGGUGUGGUUUCACGGCCAAUGGGUGGAUUCCGAGGAAAGAGCGACUACCAUUACCAAUGUCUACGGACGAAUGUGGACAUGCUCAAAGUCAUCCAGAUAGGCAUCACCCUGUUCAACGAAGAUGGAGAGACCCCGCCCGCGAGACCGAACUCGGCAGAUUCUAUGGAUAAGGGACUUGCGGCUAGGCGAAUGGCAAGUCAGGGGCCGCUCCCUUAUGCUUGGCAGUUCAAUUUCAAAUUCUCUCUCAAAGACGACAUGUUCAACCAGACUUCGAUCGAGUCUCUACAGCAAGCGGGGAUUGACUUCCAGUUGCUGGAGCGAGAUGGCAUCGACCCACAUGAAUUCGCUUCCCUCCUCAUUCCCUCUGGCCUGGUCUGCUUUGAAAAUGUCAGAUGGAUAUCUUUCCAUGGUGGCUACGACUUCGGCUAUCUUACAAAGCUGCUCAUUUGCAAGCAGCUGCCCAACGACGAAGUGGAGUUUGAUCAGUUAAUGAAACUCUACUUCCCCAGCACAUACGACGUCAAGCACUUAAUGAAGCACGCUAUCAAGCUGCACAACUCUGGCCUCCUGACCCCUGGUGAUCCCAGUAGCACGGAAGUCCUCCAGAAGUUCGAGCACAAAUCUGGACUCGAGAAUAUUGCAGAGGCUCUUAAGAUCAAGCGCGUGGGAUCAGCCCACCAAGCUGGCUCUGACUCGUUGAUUACCGGCAAGGUCUUCUUCCAGAUGAGAGACAAGAUCUUCAACGGCGAGAUUCCAGAUGAGCAUCUUGGCAAGGUCUGGGGGCUUGGCGUCCCUGACAUCUCCACUGUUAUGAGCAUGAGGGAUGCUUCGACGCUCGAGAACACACCACCCAACCAGAACGGCACAGGCAUGCAGAACGGAGCACCAAGCACUCCGAAUACCGGCACUGUCGGCCUCGUCACCACGCCUGCCGCCCAGUCACAUAACACCAAUGGUAUGAACAUGGGACCCAUGACUCCUGGCGGAGGCGGCGGUGUCUUUGGCAACUUUGCCUUCGCAGGCAGUGGAAGAUAG